AUAGAAGUCUGCUUAACAAUCAAACAGUUUACACUGAAAUGCAUAGCACUAUUUGUAGUAGCCCAGAACACCUGUAGGUUAUUGAGGAACCACUUUAGACUAUUACUUAAUGUUGCUUCUGCAAAGAAAAUGUAAAACUUUUUUCUGUCUAUGUUCCAGGUUCGAUUGGUGUUGUCGCCCUGCUAAAAGUACAUUGCCCCUGGAGUGUUUUAGCCGCUUCUCUGGGGUGCUUUUCACCAACGACAAAUUCCGGGUCAAUGCCAGCAAACAGAAGUUUAUGGACUUGGAGCUGAAACUGAGGCACAAGGAUACCCUCUUCACCCCGGUUUUUAACGUUCAGAAAGCCUCAAAAAAUAAAAACAUCCAGAAAGAUUUCAUCCAGUGGCUUGAAAAAUGUCACAGUCAGUUUGAUAAGCAAGUAAAGUUCCUUGGCUAUUCAAAGACUGUGACACGAACUGAUGUGCCCACUAAGAAGAUGCAGCAUCCCUGGGCGGUGUAUUCCGCUAUUGAGUUGGAUGGCAAAAUAUACAAAGCAGGGGAUCUUGUGAAAUCUCAGAGAACUCAGCCAACUUAUUACGGCAAAGUGAAUAAAUUUUUCCUGUAUGGAGACCAUGAAGGAAAUGUUUUUGCCACCGGCGGAGAAGUGGAAAUCACACGUGUAAGUAAAAAAAUUAUGCAGUUUGAAAAAGCUAAAUGACAGCUGUGAACUAUCUGUCAAAUAAAAACAAAGAAAUAUUUUGCUCAAGUGAAAUUUUUGCUUAAUAAAGUUGCACUUUUCCAGUUUAGGUUUAUAAGCUGGUGUGCAUUGGGUACAUAUGAUCUGGACCUUUUAAUGUCGAGAUGUUCUUCAUGUUAUUUUUAUGUUGUAGAGUUUUGUUACUGACUAAAUUAGAACAUUUUUAAAUUUAGAUAAAUGAUUUGUGCAGAAAAUUGGAUGUAUCCUGUGACCCCUCAAGUUUAUUCUCAUAAAUGCAUUUAUGUUUUAAAUACAUUUUAAUUUAGAAACUAAUUUGAGUCAAUUUG